GGAAUUGCCAGCUUAUUCGACAACAAGUAAUUCAACAUGGGUAACGGACAAAAAGCUCAAAUGAAGCGUGACCGCAACGCAAAGGACGCCAAGAAGGGACCUACUUCGCAAUUGAAAGCGAAUAAUGCCGCUAAGAGCGUCAUCUGCCAAACUUGCAAGCAAACCUUCUUGUGUACUAUCCGUGCCAAGGCACUGACCGAGCAUGCUGACAACAAGCAUAGCAAGACUUUGGAGGAUUGCUUCCCCGGAUUCGAAGAGCAAGCUAAAUAAGAGAGAGGCAGAUGUGGAGGGGCCUGUCAAAAUAGCUUAUAUAGUUAAUGAGAGGAUGAAAACCGGAAGAGAUAGAUAU